GUAGCUCUAUUUCAACGAUCAUAUGACGUGUACCCGGUACAGCUGCUGCAAACUACGAACAGAGAGAAGACUAGUCAUCACCGUUGUUUCUCUAGGAAGAAUUUUUCCGGUCAGGGAAAAAAAAUGGCUGGCAGACUGAGCCACGUCGCGUCUCAGAUCAUGGGCGGAAACGGCGUCGUUUCCCGCUCCGUCGCUUCCUCCCUCCGGCUCCGCUCCGGCAUGGGCCUCCCCGUCGGCAAACACAUCGUCCCCGACAAACCCAUGCCUGUGAACGACGAGCUUAUUUGGGACAACGGGACUGCGUAUCCCGAGCCCUGUAUCGAUCGCAUCGCCGAUACAGUCGGAAAGUAUGAAGCUUUGGGGUGGUUGUGCGGUGGUUUGAGUUGUUUCGCUGCUCUUGGACUGUUGGCUGUUUGGAAUGACAAGGCCUCCAAGAUCCCUUUUGCGCCGAAGGUCUACCCUUAUGACAACCUACGAGUUGAGCUUGGCGGAGAACCAUAGGCAUCUGGUUGCGAUUCUAUGACAGGACAAUGUCGUUUGACGUCCGUGUCUGUCUCCUGUUUAUUUGUUUACUUCUGGUAGUUGAAGGCAUCGAGUAAUAAUGUAUUGCUGUGAGUACUGUUUCUGAAGUCUAUAUUGCUUAAAAGUGCUUUCAGGAACAAAAAUGUAUGCAUGUUUGCUACACCAAUCUAUGAAACAACUUUGUUCCCCCGCCAGAAA